ACAUUAUGUGCUACUCCUGGAAGAUUGAUGGACAUCAUAGGCAAAGAAAAGAUUGGUCUGAGACAAAUCAAAUAUUUAGUUUUGGAUGAAGCUGAUCGCAUGUUGGAUAUGGGUUUUGGACCACAAAUGAAGAAAUUAAUUUCUUGCCCAGGAAUGCCAUCAAAGGAAGAGUGUCAAACCCUUAUGUUCAGUGCAACUUUUCCAGAAGAAAUUCAAAGGUUGUCUGGGGAGUUUUUAAAGUCGAAUUAUUUGUUUGUUGCUGUUGGACAAGUGGGUGGAGCAUGUUGAGAUGUUCGGCAGACUAUUCUUCAAGUUGGCCAGUACUCAAAAAGAGAAAAACUUGUCGAAAUUCUACGAAACACAGGUGAUGAAAGAACUAUGGUCUUUGUUGAAACUAAGAAAAAAGCAGACUUUAUUGCAACUUUUCUUUCUCAGGAAAAAAUAUCAACUACAAGUAUUCAUGGUGAUCGGGAGCAGAGAGAGAGAGAGCAAGCUCUUAGAGAUUUUCGCUGUGGAAAGUGCCCAGUUCUUGUUGCUAUUUCAGUAGCUGCCAGAGGGCUGGAUAUUGAAAAUGUUCAACAUGUUAUCAAUUUUGAUCUUCCUUCUACCAUUGAUGAAUAUGUUCAUCGAAUUGGGUGCACUGGUCGUUGUGGGAAUACUGGCAGAGCUAUUUCCUUUUUUGAUCCUGACUCAGAUAACCAUUUAGCACAGCCUCUAGUGAAAGUACUGUCAGAUGCUCAACAGGAUGUUCCUGGGUGGUUGGAAGAAAUUGCCUUUAGUACCUAUGUUCCUGGCUUCAGUGGUAGUACAAGAGGAAAUGUGUUUGCAUCAGUUGACACUAGAAAGAAUUACCAGGGCAAGAGCACUUUGAACACAAUGGGGUUUUCUUCUUCACAAGCUUCCAAUCCAGUAGAUGAUGAGUCCUGGGAUUAAAGCUAGAGCAUCCUUCAAGUCUGUGGUACAGUUUUCAUGCAGAGAAGAAAAUAGUUUUGAUUUUUGAGUUUUUAACAGAAGUAUGAAAUCUGACAUUCUCAUAUCUCUGGAUGUCCUUCUGUUCUCUCUCCCACCCUUAAAAAAA